ACCGCGCGCUGUUCCUCUUCGCUUUGAAGGCGGCGAGCGGUGAGCUGGCGUGUGUGUGUGGGGGGGUCCAGUGAAGACACGGAUCGUUUGUCUAAGCGUGAAGCCUUCGCUGAAGCGGUAGAAGCUGAUGCAGUUGCAGCUGGAAUGUGGUAAAAUCAAUGCACCCCUCGGACCCGUGCGGCCCGGCACCAUGCUCAAGGCAACGCUUGGCCUCCUCCUGCUGUGCAGCGCCGUGCGGUCGGCCCAGUCCAGGGGCUGCACCUCUUUCUUCUGCCGGAAGUCGGUUCGAGUGAGCGGUCCCCUGGGACCCGACCCCGGGAAUCCCCUGUUCCUCACACCCUACAUCGAGAAGGGCAACAUCGAGGAAGCCAGGAAACUCAGUCUUGUGGGGCCGCUGCCUGGAGCAAACGUCAGGAGUCAUUCAGGCUACCUGACGGUGAACAAGACCUUUAACAGCAAUCUUUUCUUCUGGUUCUUCCCUGCACAGGAGAGGCCGGAAACUGCUCCGGUGUUGCUGUGGCUCCAGGGUGGCCCAGGGGGCACCUCCCUGUUUGGUCUGUUUGUUGAACACGGACCGUACGUCGUCUAUCGGAACAUGACGGUGGGCCUCCGGAGAUUCCCGUGGACCUCCAGGUACUCGGUUCUGUACGUCGACAACCCGGUAGGCACAGGUUUCAGCUUUUGCGACGACGACCGAGGCUAUGCCCGCAACCAGGACGAUGUGGGCCGCGACCUUUACAGUGCUCUGACUCAGUUCUUCCAGAUCUUCAGUGAAUACCAGCACAAUGACUUCUAUGCAACUGGAGAGUCAUAUGCAGGGAAGUAUGUUCCAGCCGUUGGGUUCUACAUCCACAAAAACAAUCCCUCAGCCAAGGUGAAGAUCAACUUUAAAGGAGUGGCCAUCGGUGACGGGCUGUGUGACCCCGAGGUGAUGUUGGGGGGAUAUGCUGAGUUCCUGUACCAGACAGGUAUGGUGGAUGAGCUUCAGAAACAAUACGUGCAACAACAGACGGACAUCGGGGUGCGUCUCAUCCAGCUGCGGAAAUGGGUGGAGGCGUUUGAGGUCUUUGACAGCUUGCUAAAUGGGGACAUGAGUCCUUAUCCGUCAUUCUUCCAGAAUGCGACGGGAUGCACCAACUACUUCAACUACCUGCAGUGUCAGGAGCCCCCGGACCAGGAGUACUUCUCUGCGUUUGUGACGCUGCCAGCGGUAAGGAGUGCCAUUCAUGUUGGGAACCUCACGUUCCAUGAUGGCUCGCGGGUGGAGAAGUACCUUCUGGAAGACGUGAUGAAGACAGUGAAACCCUGGCUGGCGGAGCUCAUGGACAACUACAGGGUGCUCAUUUACAGCGGCCAGCUGGACGUCAUUGUGGCAGCGCCGCUCACCGAGCGCUUCCUCCUCACGGUCCCCUGGUCUGGCGCCGAUGACUACAAACGGGCCGAGCGCUACUACUGGAAGGUCAAGCCCAGCGACACGGAGGUGGCUGGAUACGUCCGCCAAGUGCGCAAUUUCUUCCAGGUGAUUGUUCGAGGCGGAGGUCACAUUCUGCCCUACGAUCAGCCAGAAAGAGCCUUCGACAUGAUCGACAGGUUUCUGUCCACCGAGGAGUGGUAACCACUUUCACGUGUGCUUCCAGCGGAGACGAAUCUUUAAGGCUAAUCGGAAUUUUAAAUGUUAAAAUAAUUCUUUGCGUUAACUGUCGGCACACCUGCUUUGGUGAGAUGAAGGGCACCACAAAGGGAACUGCAAGGUCCUUCCAUCUACUUGAUUGUUGUACAUAUUCUCGACCUUUCUUUUUAACUACACGGAUGUUGUGUGAUCGCACUAUGAUUGAAAUAAAUUGUCUAUGAGAAGUGAUAUUUCCAGCUAAUUAUAUGGCAUCCGGGCUUUGUCAGACAAUAUUACGGGUCGGCUAGCUGCUGCAGAUGUUGCAUUUCGACCUCUUCCCCAGCGGGUUGCUCAGCAGCCCAGUGUUUACUUGGAGGCUGCAGAGGAGCAGCUGAACAAUCUCUCCUUUAGAGCAGUAAAACAAUAGAAAUUCAAUCCUUCACAGCUGGUUUUUCCAUCAUGCUGCUCCUCUGGGUUCUGCAGGAGUGGAGUACCUCCUGUUGGUAACACAUGGUAGUACAAACACUGCUCUCUCUCACCUUUAUUGCGCGCUUGACCUGGUCGGGAUGAGAGGUCGUCCAGAGUCGAUCCUGGAAAGCCCAGGCAUUACGCUCUGGAUGGACGCCAGUCCAUCACGAGGGGGGGAAAAAAAAAAAAAGCACUUCAAGAAAACUUCUCCUUCCUCUGUUCUUCCGCUUGCUGCCAUGUGUUUGCACUUGUUUCUUCAGGAAUCCAAGCUUUUCAGAAGCAACAGUGGAAAUUUCUUUCCAGUUUAACAGUUAUAUGCGUAGCACUUUGUGAUGACAGUUCCUUGUUGAAGCUCUCUGUAUUGCCUUUUGUCUUUGUGCUUUCACUCAUAUGCAGGAUGAGAUAAACAGUUAAGGUCUUUGUGUCUGUUUCCAGUGCUUACUUAUGAGGUGCUACAUGGUUUUACAAAUAAUAGCAAACUCAAAUGGUUUGUUCACAUACUAUAAAACAAUCAACAUUUUAAACAACCAAAGCAAACAUUUCUAUUCAUUGCGUCG